UUUGCAGCUAUUAGACGUGCUUCAAAUUCUAUUAGUGCUAUUUUUUACGUUUGUUCCUAAUAUGUUGAUGUCCUUGGAUAAGUUAUUUUGGAGCUUGCUGCUGCUCAAUGUGAUGACGCUGAUUUCGAGCGCGACGGUCACGACCCGAAUUGUGCAGCCGCGGGAGACGAGCAGCUGCGAAGGACGUCAGACUCCUGGCCCGAUCUGCGAGUCCUGCGAACUGUUGGCCACCUGUGUGCAGCAUUCCAAUGGCUGGGUGAAUAUACCCGUGGAAUCGUGUGAUGUGGCCAAUGGUUACUAUUGUAAUAUCCGUUUGGGAAGCUGCUCCAAUGCAACGGGACCGUGUCAUCCGUUUGGCAUUGAGGGCAACUUUCAGUGCACAUCGCAGGGCAUCUUUCCGGAUCCGUACGAUUGCCAGAAGUAUCACAUGUGCUAUUUCCUGGACAUUGUCCUGGUGGCAGCUGCCGUGGAUUGUGGCAAUGACAAGGCAUUCGAUGCACGCACUGGACAAUGUUCCUUGACUCUGGAUAGCCGUGUUUGCAGCCAGCCACAGUAUAAGUGUCCCCAUGUGGGUUACGUGGCAGCCUGGCCAACGAAUCCCAACAUCUUCUAUGUCUGCAAGUCGACGGUGAAUCAGAAUGCCGAGGAUGCAGUGGUCACCUAUCCUUCACUGCAUCGCUGCAAUGAUGGCGAAAUCUUUUCCGAUUUCGUCUGUCGUCCUGGCAACCAUUCCCUGAUACCCUCGAUUGCUCCUCCCCUCAGCGUGGAUCCCAAUGACGAUGGCGUCAAUGUCAAUUGUGAACAUGUCGGUCUCAUGGCAGAUGCCAAUAAUUGUCGCAAGUAUUAUUUCUGCAAUGCCAUAAAUGGACAGAUCAGACACGAACAGUGUCCCGAGGGAACCUAUUACCAACCCCAGCAGUCCGCCUGCGUGCGAGGAUCCUGCUGAAAAAUAAACUACAAAUAAUAAAUUCCAAUCUUAAAAAAAAAAAAAUAUA